AUGAAAAAGAUUAAUGUUUUUGUCGUUCCUAUCCAUGGAACUGUACUUUACCCCUAUCAGAAUUUAAAACUGAGACUAACAGAAUUACAGUUCUAUGAUGCAAAAGUGAAUAACAACUAUGUAGCUAUAAUACCUGUGGUUGACCAACAAAUGGAUGGAAUUCAAAAGAUUUAAAGAUUUAGCUAAUAUGGUACUUUAGUGCGUCUUACAAGUGAAGACUAUACGUAUUUAUCUAAUUAAAUUAUAUAGUGUCUAUGCAUCUAAUAAAAUUUAUCAAGCAUUUUCAUUUGCUAGAAUCAAAAUAGAUUCAAUUAUAAAAUCUACUCCAUACUAUAUGGUUUCAGCUGAAGUCUUAAGUGAUGAAAUAGUUGAUGAAUAAGCACUGUGGAAUACUUAAAUGAUUGAUAAUUUGAAAGAUCUAGCAAAAGUAAGAAUUAUAGAUAAAAUAGUAAUAUCUAGAAUAAUUCUAAAUGAAUCCAAGUCCUUAAUUUUUAUAAAUAAUACAAGAAGAAAAGAAUAUAAAUAAAUUGUUCUUUAUUAUAGCAAGCAAUGCUGAUUUACCAUAUAAUUAGAAACUUAAACUCUUAUAAAUUGAUGAUCAUAAAAUAAAGAUCAAUCUAUUGAUUUAAUAUUUGAAAACUAAAGUUGAAGAAUUUGCUUAAACAAAAGCUCUAGAAUAAAAAGUAUCUAAAGAGCUUAUGCAAUAAAUGUCUAAAUAGGUUGUUAAAUCUAAUAAUAUUCCAGCAAAUUUGCCAGGAUUUCCAUAUUAAAAAUAAAAGAAUAAUGAUAUUGAAAAAUUACAAGCUAAAAUAAAAGAAGCAAAUCUACCAGAACAUGUUAGAGAGAUAGUUGAAUAGGAAAUGUAAAAGAUAGAAAAAGGAUCUAUGGGUGUUGAUUCUAAUGUAACAAGGAAUUAUAUUGAUUUAAUACUAUAAUUACCAUGGAAUUAAUAGGUUGAAGAAACAUUAAGUAUUGAUAAAUGUAAAGAAACACUUGAUGCUGAUCAUUUUGGAUUAACUAAAGUAAAAGAGAGAAUAUUAUAAUUCUUGGCUGUUAAAAAAUUAAGAAAAGAAAGAAAAGUAGUUGAUUCUAAUGGUUAAGGAUCAAUUAUUUGUUUCUUUGGUCCUCCCGGAGUUGGUAAAACAUCACUUGGCCAAAGUAUUGCUAAAUCUUUAAAUCGUCCCUUUUAUAGAAUUGCCUUAGGAGGAGUAUCAGAUGAAGCAUAAAUUAGAGGUCAUAGAAGAACUUAUGUUGGUGCAUUUCCAGGAUCUUUUAUUUAAGCUAUCAAAAAAGUCAAAUGCAAAAAUCCUGUUAUUUUAUUAGAUGAAAUUGAUAAAUUAACAUCUAAUCAUAGAGGAGAUCCCAGUUCUGCUUUAUUAGAAGUUUUAGACCCUGAAUAAAAUAAUCAUUUCAUGGAUAAUUAUUUGAAUAUUGAAUUCGAUUUAAGCAGUGUCUUAUUUAUAGCUACAGCUAAUCAAUUAGAAACUAUUCAACCAGCAUUAAGAGAUCGUUUAGAAUUAAUUGAAAUUGUAGGUUAUACUGUUAAAGAAAAAGUAGCUAUUGCUAAUAAUUAUUUGAUACCUAAGUAACUUUAAAAAAAUGGUUUAUUAAACGAAUAAGUUACGAUACCUUAAGAGAUUAUUCAUUCAAUAAUAAAAUAAUAUACAGGUGAAGCAGGUGUUAGAUAAUUAGAGAGAGUAAUAGCUAAGAUUUAUAGAAAUAUUGCUUUAAAAUAUAUAACAGAUCAAUAGAAUUUUAAAACAAUAGUAGUGGAUUAAGAUAGUUUGAUAGAAAUAUUAGGUCCAUCAAUUCAUUCUGAUAAGCAUACUACUCCUGUUAUAUAAAUUCCAGGAGUAUGCAAAGGAUUAGCAUGGACUCCAGCAGGAGGAAAAGUAUUAAUAAUUGAAUCAGUGAAAAUGGAAGGAAAAGGCAAAUUUGAAAUAACUGGUAUGUUAGGAGAUGUAAUGAAGGAAAGCGUAAGAACAGCAAUUGGAUGGAUAAAAGCAUAUUGGCCUUAAAUAAAAUUAUUAAGUAAAACAAAUUAACAUGUUAAUUUUGAUACUCUUGAUAUUCAUGUAUUCUUUUAUUAUUAGUAAUAUAGAUUCAUUUUCCUGCUGGUGCUACUCCAAAAGAUGGGCCAUCUGCAGGAGUGGCUAUAACAACUGCAAUAGUAUCAUUACUUACAGGUUUAAAAGUGAAAAAUGACAUUGCUAUGACAGGUGAAAUUACUUUGACAGGCAGAGUGUUACCAGUGGGAGGAAUAAAAGAAAAAAUUCUUGGAGCUUUUGAAAGUGGAAUCUUUAGGUAUAGAUUUAAAAAUAUUUUAGUGUCAUUAUUCCUCAUAGGAAUAAGGCUAAUUUAGUGGAUAUAGAACCUGAAAUAAAGGAAAAAAUGUCUAUUCAUUUAGUGAAAACUAUAGAUUAAGUGCUUCAGAUUGCAUUAGAAGGGAAUGGUCCUAAUUUCAAAAUGAUCAAUUUAGCUAAUUUAUGAAACAUUCAGUUUAAUAUCAUUAUAAAAU